AUGAAUACAACUCAGUUAGCGUCAAAGUCAUUCGCUCAAUCAGAUUUUUGGUUAUUCAGUUUAUAUAUCAUCGGAACAUUUGAAUGUGUUUUUUGGUUGUUUAAUGCGUUUUUAAUCAUCAUUGAACUCUAUGAUUUUCCUUCCAUUGAUAAAUAUCGUAUACAAAAACAUAGGAAGAAACUACGUUUUCAACCCGAAUUAGUCAAUCUAAUGAUCAAGGAAACUCUUCGUCAUCAAAUAUCCACGAUAUUUCUUACGCCAGUGCUUUACUACCUUUUGAAUUACUUCGGUCAUCUCGAUAUUCAUGGACCUCGACCGUCAUGGUCAACGAUAAUCUAUCAAUUGACACUUUUUAUUCUCGCUGAAGAUGCCAUCUUCUUCUGGACACAUUAUUUAUUCCAUACACCAUGGCUAUAUAAGGCUGUACAUAAAAAGCAUCAUGUCUAUACCCAACCGACUGGUGUUGUUUCGGUUCUGAGUGAUCCAUGGGAAGGUUUACAAAAUCAAAUCUCAAUUUGGCUAAUGCCGAUUGUAUUAAAAGACAAACAUCUAUUUACAUUAUGCCUUUGGAUUGUGAUACGCGUUUAUCAAACAGUCAAUGCACACUCAGGUUACGACUUUCCUUAUAUCAGCACGCAAUAUUGGUUUCCAUCAAUAAUGUCAGGCGCUUUAGGACAUGAUUUUCAUCAUCAACAUGGUAAAUGGAAUUAUGGAUCAUUUUUUAAUGUUUGGGAUCGAUUGAUGGGAACAUAUCGAUCAUCGACAAACAACAAACGAAAUUGA